GCUCACGGGAAGUGUGGACUGAAGUGUGAAGGCCACUGUUGUCUGGAUGGAAUCUCUGAUUGCUUGGUUUAUUGCACUGAGUGUGCUGUCUCAGAACAUUUUGCUUUCUGAGACUGCUCAUCUUAAAAUUGGUGUUCCAGAAAACUAUGAUGGUAUUUUCCCAUGGUACCUCACCAAGUUGCCAGAUCUUCCCCUGACCUAUUCUGAUCUGACUGUAAGUGGUGACGAUGAAGGAAUUUUUGGGGUGGAGUCAGGCUUCCUGUAUGCCCUUAAACCUCUGGACAGAGAGAAGCAGCCGUCUUACUCUUUGGAGGUGUCCUUCACAAAGUCCAUGCACUCUCAGAGCUUUACUGUCGAGGUGUGUGUCAUCGAUAAGAACGACAACGUGCCAGUGUUCUUGGAAGAGAGCAUGAGAGGCAGCGUGCAGCUGGGGCUUCUCAAAGGAAUCCCGUUUAUGCAGGUGGAAGCACUGGACCGAGACGACCGAAACACUGCCCACGCGGACCUGCGCUUCAGUCUUCUGGACCAGAUACCACGCAUCCCUGCCAGCCACAUGUUCUCCAUCAGUUCCAUCACUGGAGAAGUGUCCCUUACAGAGGAUGGUGCCUCAACUCUAGAUCCAGAGAUGUGUGGCCGCUACAAGCUGUCUGUGAUGGUGCAGGACAUGGCCGGCAAGGCCAACGCUUUCUUCUCCACUGGAACUGUGUUAGUGGAGGUGACUGGGAAUGCGUGGGCCUCACCUGACCCUGUGAGACUGCAGGAGAAUCUGCCUGGACCAUAUCCAAUCCCAAUCUCACAGGUGAAGUGGAGUGGCAGUCCAGUCGAGUAUAGUCUUGAGGGAGAGUUUCCAGAAAUGCUUUUCACUAUCAACAGGGAAGGAAUCAUUUACCUGAAUGCUCCUCUGGACAGAGAAACACAGGACCAGUUUCAUAUUGACAUAGUGGUAGAGAGGCCAGAUGGUAGAGAGAUUGCUAAGCCUGUGGAGCUGCGAGUGAUGGUGGGAGACGCCAAUGACAAUAGGCCCACGUUCCCACAGAUGCAGUACCACACCGUGGUCAAGGAGCUUGCGACUAAAGGUUACACACACUAUAUAAAUGCUAGUUAAA